UUCCCUACCUUUAAAAUUUUGUUUAUUACAUAAACGUCUUGUUUGACAUGGAAAUUAUGCUCAUGUUUCGCUUGAAUUUUGUAUCUUUGGCUUAAAACCAAGAAGAAAUGAUUCAAGUUAGAAACUUACUUGAAAAGGCACCCGUCGAAACUAUCGCUCAAAAGGUAAAAGGUGAAUAAUUCGAGUUAUUUGGAGCAUUGACAAGUAUCAGCUAUUGAGCGAACCACUCCUCCGAGCUCACGAGAGUCAAGUAUUUGAUGCGCUAUGGAAGAAGAAGAUGGUUAUUUCAAAGAAGAGAUCUGCACUCUGACGCCGGGUGAACUAUUCGAUGCCUUUCUUCAAACUACCGAUCUCCAGGAGACGCUAGACGUUUUCCGAAAACUUUGUCAAAGCGUCGACGUGAACCCCCGAAAUCACAAGACGCUAUAUGCUUCCCUCAAGUCCAAAUUAACUUCUUGGAAGUGCAAGUCUCUAUGGACGAAACUAGACAAACGAGCGGAACACAAGGACUACAGAAACAAGCCGUGUGUCAAAAAUAAAGUGCUCAUCAUCGGUGCAGGGCCAUGUGGAUUGAGAUCGGCAAUUGAAGCCGCUUUGCUCGGUGCUUACGUCGUUGUCAUCGAAAAACGAGAUCGUUUUUCUCGCAACAAUGUCCUUCAUCUGUGGCCAUUCUUAAUUGUGGACUUGAAAAAUUUAGGAGCUAAGAAAUUUUUCGGACAGUUCUGUGCUGGAGCCAUCGAUCACAUAAGUAUUCGUAGACUUCAAGUUAUUCUACUUAAGGUGUCCCUCUUGCUUGGAGUACAAGUUUAUGCCAAAUGUGGAUUCCUUAAUCUAGUGGAGCCAACAGAUGCUCAUGGCUGGAGAGGAAACUUUGACUCACCCUCUCAUCACCUCAAUAAAUUCGAUUUUGACAUUGUGGUGGCUGCAGAUGGCAGGCGUGCUGCAUUGAAGGGUUUUAAAGGAAAGGAAUUUCGUGGCAAGCUGGCCAUUGGUAUCACUGUGAACUUUGUGAAUAAAAAUUCAAAGGAAGAGGCCAGAGUUGAGGAGAUAAGUGGGGUUGCUUUCAUUUUCAAUCAACAGUUUUUCCAAGACUUGAAAGAGAGCACUGGUAUUGACCUUGAGAACAUUGUGUACUACAAAGAUGAGACGCAUUACUUUGUGAUGUGUGCAAAGAAGAACAGUUUACUUCAGAAAGGGGUGCUCAAAAAGGAUUUCCAAGAUGCAUAUGAUCUUCUUCAAACAAGCAACGUGAACCAUGAUAAGCUUCUGGCAUAUGCAAGAGAAGCUGCAAACUUUUCCACAAGCUACCAGCUACCUCAACUAGACUUUGCAAAGAAUCACUACUUCAAGGAAGAUGUAGCAAUGUUUGAUUUCACUUCUUUGUAUCACUCUGAACACGCUGCCAAGAUUUAUGAAAGGAGGGGAAAACGUCUUCUAGCAUUAGUCGUAGGAGACAGCUUAUUAGAGCCAUUUUGGCCAACUGGCUCAGGUUGUGCAAGAGGUUUCUUGGGAUGUUUUGAUGCUGCCUGGACAAUGAGAGGUUGGGGACAGGGAAGGGAACCCAUUGACCUGCUCACAGAAAGAGACAGUAUCUUCCGGCUUCUUGCUCAGACAACUCCAGAGAACAUCUCCAAGAAUUUUGAGGAGUACAGUAUUAAUCCAGCCACUCGGUACCCAAACUUGAACAAGUCAUGUGUCUCACAGAACAGAGUGAAACAUUUGUUUGAUAACAAAAAAGGACCAAUUGACCAGAUGGAUGGAUCUGAAGCAGAACCCAUGGACACAAAUAAAGACCUCGGCGCUAUUGAGGGAGGAGUAAAUGCAAGAAUGUUGCUCAGAUGGUGUCAAGAGCAAACCAAGAAGUAUAGGAAUGUGAAGAUCAAUGACAUGUCAAAAUCAUGGAGAAAUGGCCUUGCUUUCUGUGCCAUUAUUCAUCGCUACAGACCUGAUCUUAUUGAUUACUCUUCCCUGUCACCUAAGGAUCAUUUGAAAAAUACCCAGCUGGCAUUUGAUGUUGCUGAGGAACAUCUAGGAAUCCCCCCUCAGAUUUCUGCCAGUGAGAUGGCCAUGAAAGAAGUUCCUGACACUCUGAUGAUAGUCAGCUAUGUGUCACAGUACCAUGAAGUGUUCAAAAAUGAGACUCCAGCCGAGAAGACAACUGAACAGUGGGAAUUCAGAGCCAAGUCUCCACUGUCCAAGCUGUCUGUGUUAACACGAGUGUCUCGUCGGACCCACAAGGAGAAGAGGCGAAACGAGGAAAUAUUUGAUACGGUGUCGAAGAGAAGAAAGGCAGCGUCCAAGGAGAAUGAGGCUCCCACCCCAAUGGACACUUCCACCCCACAGGAAUCUCUUCAGGCCCCCGCAGUCACUACUGGUAAGACGAGCAAUAGAAUCAGCGCUUUGGCUGCGCAAGUGUUUGGACCCACAGAUGGAAAGAAGAACAAGGUACCUUCACUGAGGGACUCGAGUGAACACUGUUUCUUCUGCAAUCGUCGUGUUUACCUGAUGGAGAGAUUGUCUGCAGAGGGCCAUUUCUUCCAUCGCGAGUGUUUCUUGUGCGAGGAAUGCGGCUGCACGCUCAGGCUAGGCACUUACUCUUACAUCAGCCCAUCAUCAGACCAGGACAAGGGACACUUCCUGUGUCACCUGCACUAUGAUCAGUUGUUGUACAAGAUGCAGGAGGAACCCGCUGAUGAACAGGAAGUUACUGCUAAAGGCAGACCGAAACUUUUGAAAUCUAAAUCUGAAGCACCGGAAACUUUGUUUAAAAAUGUCGAGUUUACAAUCGACCCUGAUGCAGGAGAACCUGUCAGUUAUAAAACCAAAGGAGAGACUGGUGCUCAAAUGAACGGCUAUCACGAAGAGAAAGAAACGGUCAGCGAGGAGAAAGAAGAUCGUCAGAGAGAUCGGUCCUACACCUCUGGGAAGUAUCGACGAUUGGAGGCGCGCCCUCUGAGGCGGUCAAGCAUAUCUUCUGUACGAAAAUCCGACGCUACCGUGCGUGAAAAAGGCAAGGGCUACUCGUUUGACGAUGGACUAGACCAGACAGGGGACGGUAGACGAAGAGGUACCCAGCCACUGAAGAUCCCGUCAAGGGAGGAAGUUCGAAAGUUUGAGGCGGAGGCUGAGUUUCGACCGGGUACGCCUGGUGAGCUGAUAGAUGCCACCAAGGGGAUGACUGUCGUGGACAUCGAUAUGGAGGAGGCACCUGUUGAGGAGAGAAAGAAAAAGCGAGAGGAAGAGCGAAAGGGCGUCAUUGACGCUGUAAAGACAGCAGCUGCUGGCAAAUCUUGGGCUAAAAGACAAGAAGCUCAAGAGGGAAAGGUUCAGAAGCUUGGAACGCUAGAGAGGAGAAAGGCGAAGUCGCGACGGGCUAUGUAUCCGCCAUUAUCAAUGGUUUUCAAUCCAGAUGAAAAAGAGACUCAAGAGGCAUUAGAAGGAAUUGUUCAAGCGGCCAACGAAACGGAACGCAACCCUCAGAAAAAGAUGCAGCUUAAAAUGGUGGACAUUUCGCUGGAUGAUGACACCCCGAUUCCUUCUUCCGAAAGGAAAGCUGCUGGUCAAACGAAGGCUGGCCCGAAGACGGUUUCAGUAGCAACCAAGAAUGAGCCAACUCCAUCACCCAGAUCGCCAACCUCACCAACAUCACCGGGGAACAAAAAACCUCCCGCAGGAUCUCUUGUGGCUGCACGGACGGCCAGAUUAACCAAUUUGAUCGCCAAUGACUUCCGUCCUCCGACAGUGAAAGAUAAAUGGGCCGAAAGAGAGGAAUGGAAGAAAUCGAGUCCAGUCAAAAACGACGCUGGGAAGAAGUUUGGGAAAGAGGAAGAACUUGAGCCCACAGCCAGUCCAGGCGCUCAGCGGCGCUCGUUACCCAGAGUUCCCUCAGAGGAACCUUUUCACUCUACAAAGGAGACCACCAAGAUUGUUCAGCGCAAGCCGACAGGAAAGCCAAGGUUUCGGUUGGGUAAAGUUAGAAAGGAAAUUGGGGAAGAAAAAGAGGAGAAAAUCGGGAAAGAUUCAGUAGAUAUGGGAUUUGUGGUUCUUGAUCUGCACGAUGGUAUUAGUACGCCUGAGAAAGAAGAAGCACUGAAUCUGAAAAAAGACGAUUCAGGAUUGUUCUCUGAAUCAAGUGGAGAUGAAAUGCUGGAUGAAAGUUCCAAAUUGCAACGAACAAAUGCUCGGCGAUUCAGCAAGCCGGGAAGACGUGACACCGAGAUGCCGGAUGAUAAAGUGAAGCGACGAGAGCAAGCCAAGAUUCGUAGCGCGAUGAAGCAGCGAGAAUCGAAGCGACUGCGCAUGGCACAGUCAAUACAACGAGAACUGGAGGAAGUGGCCGUCAAACAAGCCGACUUAGAGCGUGAAGGAGUCGUUGUUGAGAAGACGCUCAGACAAGGAAACAAUUCUGGUUCAGAGGAACAGCAGCUGAUGUUUCAGUGGUUCAAACUAGUGAACAGAAAGAAUGCGCUGAUUCGAUAUGAGUCAGAACUGGUCAUUCAGGCAAACUCCAUUCAGCUUGAGGACCAACAAGGAAGACUAGAGCAGGAGAUUAGAGAACUCCUCAUGAAAGAUGAUCCAAGAAAGGAUGACAACAGAUCCAUACAGAAGAAGACCAAACAGCUUGUAGAUAUUGUGGAGCAGAGGAACGCAUUAGUGGAACUGUUGGACGAGGAGAGAAAGAGAGAACAAGAAGAAGACAGGCUUUUUGAUGCCAUGAUUGAAGCGAAAGGUUUCAUAACAACAGUGUGAUUAUGGUGGGAAAAUCUACCCGGAUGACUUGUUGGGGAUGUUCUCUCUCCAGUUGUUACGAUGUGAAAUGCAGCAAAUUUGAGUCACUUCCGAUUUAAGAAAUUAACUAUGUCAAAAAAAAAACUUACUAUUUGCAAGUUCAAGGAAGUCCUUCCUAACGGCACAAAUAUGUUAAAUCUGUGUAAAACCUGUUUUUAAACAUUGGCAUCUUUCAAUUGUUACUUGUACCGUGCAAGGUUGAUUUGGAAAAAACCGCCAUUCAUGUAACUUCAGGGGAAGAAACAAUGGCUUUGAAGCAGUCUGGCAUUGAACGAAUAAAGCUGUUGAUAGUAUCGUAAUAUCACCAUAUCUUUUUUUCGAGAUCCUGAGAUACAAACAAAUACUAGAAGACUUUGGAUAUGUUUUGUUAAAUGUUUUGCUUUUUUGUUGUCACAUUGCGUUCACGUAAGUGCUUGUUGAGUUGCGACUGAAAUGGCCUCUGUAGAUAAUGUUCGCCCAGUUUCCCGGUUGGGUUCCGUUAGGUCGCUAUGUUGUGAAACAGGUGGCGGACAUUUUGCCUUUAAAAAAAGGCUGUUAGAGGACUUAAUACGUGAAAUCGUUGUGAUAUGAUUAUUUCUAAACCACAUUAGUGUAAACAGUGUUCCCAAAUGGCUAGAAACUCAAGAUAUUUUAAAUUCCUGACUUUAUACUGAGUAAACACUCUCAUUUAGUUUGCAUUGAAUAUCUGUUACAGAAGCAAAUAAUUUACUUCCAUUUUACCCAAAGGGGGAAAUUGAACUCAAUCAAAGUGAGAGAGAAAAUCAAUUUAAUUUGUGAUAUGAAUUCGAUACAAAAAUGUGAUUUGAAGGAUAAACACCAGUAGAUAAUUGGAAAAUGAUUGUUGUAACAAGGAGCUCAGUAAGAGCGCAUGCUGCCUUGCCGUUAUGAAGUGAAAAUGAGAAAUGAAUUACUAGAGUGCCUUGGAAGAGACAAUUUGGAUAAUGCACGGUAAUUUUCUUUAGGAAUUAAUUUAUUGUGUAAAAUGAAUGUAGAUUUGAUUGCAAUAAAGUCGUUAUCAUUUUGCGUUAUCA